GCGGAAACACGUGACUUUGACACCUCGGAAUUGAAUCGCCAAGCCGCUUCGCUUCCUUUGAUGUGAAACGGUUCGGAAACUAUUUUUCCACUCUGACAUUGUAACACACACACACACACACACACACACACACACACACACAUAUACACACACAUAUACACACACAUACAGCAGCCGGUAUGACCUCCUCCUGCAUGGACAGCACCUGUUCUUGUUAAAUUGAAUCUGAAUGUCUAGCGCCAUGUUGUUGUUCACCUCAUUAGCUUAUCUCUCUGUAAUAUGCGCUGGCCCGACGCGCGGGGAUUCAAGCUUUACGCAACUGGACGGCGCACCUCCUUCUAAAAUCGCUGUUGUUGGCGCUGGAAUCGGCGGAACCGCGACAGCGCAUUUCCUGCGGCAGCAUUUUGGACCGGAAGUGCGCAUUGACGUGUUCGAGAAGCAGGAGGUCGGUGGUCGCUUGGCAACCGUCACCGUUAACAACCAAGCCUACGAAACUGGCGGCUCCAUCAUCCAUUCCCUCAACUUGCACAUGCAAGACUUUAUGAAACAGCUGGGGCUGAAAUAUCGAAAGAGUGUGGCAGGCAAGAUGGCUGUGUCGAAUGGUAAGGAGCUCGUUCUGGAAGAGACCGACUGGUACUUGCUCGACCUGUUCCGCCUGUGGUGGCGUUACGGCAUCAGCUUUAUCCGGAUGCAAAUGUGGGUGGAGGAGAUCAUGGAGAAGUUCAUGAGAAUCUAUAAAUACCAGGCUCACGGCUACGCAUUCAGUACAGUGGAUGAGUUGCUAAAUUCGCUGGGCGGGUCAGGAUUUCUCAACAUGACCCGUCGCUCUCUGUCCGAGUCGCUGUUGGAGUUGGGUGUGUCUCAGCGGUUCAUUGAUGAAGUCGUGGCUCCAAUCAUGUGGGUCAACUACGGCCAGAAUGUCAGUAUGCCAGCCUUUGUCGGUGCUGUUUCACUGGCUGGUGCACAAGCCAAUCUGUGGGCAGUGGAAGGAGGGAAUAAAUUAGUUUGUUCUGAACUUCUAAAACUGGCAAAGGCCAACCUGAUCCGUUCACAAGUUACCACCGUUUCCCUUCAGCCAGCAGGUGAAUCCUACCAGUACAAGCUCGAUUACACUACUCAAGCUGGGAUUGCAUCAGAUAUCUACGACAUAGUUAUCAUAGCCAGUCCUCUCCAGCAAAAUGUCAACUCAGGAAUCUCUUUCCUAGGCUUCGAACCCCAGCUAGCAGAGAUGACCGGGUCUUACCACACAAUGGUGGCCUCUGUUGUCCAUGGUUAUCUCAACUGCACUUACUUUGGCUUCCCUGACCCCAAGCUUUUCCCCUUCACCAGUGUGCUGACCACAGAAAUGGCUGAUCUCUUUUUCAACAGCGUCUCUAGCAUCUGCCCCGUCAACAUCAGCACCGUCUUUCGUCGCAAACAGCCACACGAGGCCGGCGUCUACAAAGUCUUCUCCCCUAAACCACUGGAAAAGGAUGAGCUAAAGACCCUUUUUAAGUCUUACUACUCUGUGCAGGUCACUGAUUGGAAGGCAUACCCUCGUUACGGAAGCUCUCAGGAGAUGCCACCUAUGAUCCUGCAUGACGGACUUUAUUACCUCAAUGGAAUUGAAUGGGCAGCGAGUGCCAUGGAGAUGAGCUCUGUGGCUGCUAAGAACAUUGCGCUUCUGGCUUACCAUCGCUGGACCAGGCAGCUUGAGAUGAUUGACCAGCAGGACCUCAUGCACAAGAUCAAGACGGAACUGUGAUGCUUUAUGACCAACAACAGUUUUCUGUAAAAAAAAAACAAACAAACAAAAUAUUUUUCAUUAAAAAAUCUAGCCAGCACUAGCUGAAGACUAUUGUGUUCUGAAUCUGAAAUUGAGCGCUUUGCUUUGGAGGACAUGGCCUUUUCCACAUCUGCUACAAAAUUUCCAGUCAUUGUUUUGAUAAAAUGGUUACUGCUGAAUUAAAAAAAAAAAAAAAAUUAACGAGAGCUAAAGUGGUUUGGGAUUUUUUUUUUAUUAUUAUCUGAUUUUGUUUUUUUCAAUCUUAAAUGUGUGGUUUGCUUGCGUAAUUAGUUAGUUGGAAUAAAGAUCUGCUGUUCUCAACCAAA